GUAGUGUCUAGUUAGCCAUUGUAGUGACAGAAUAGGUGUAUCAAAAUGUGUACAUUUUUAUUAUUGUGUGUGGUUGCUUUUUGCGGCGUCAACAGUUAUACACUUCAAGGGGCUGAGCGGAUCGCACAAGGACAAAUCAGAAAUGACAUACAAUAUGUGAUAUCGUUACAAGACAAAAGUCAAUUACAAAGCUACACAAGAGGUCACAGAUGUGGAGGUGUGUUGAUCACUCAACAGCAUGCAUUGACAACUGCAGCAUGCACUAUGGACACCAAUACAGGGGUAUCCAUCAACUUUGCCAACUUUAGAGUUUUCGCUGGUACAGUUCUUACAAGUGAUAAUGCUAACAACGUUCGCGACAUAGCGACUAUAACUAUCCACCCACAAUACACCAGACAUAUACCGUUUGUCAACGAUAUUGCUGUCAUUACACUGCAAGCUGCUUUUCCGACCUCAAUAAGCCCUUUGCCAAUGCCACUUGCGGAUGUUGCUCUUACUGCGUGUGAGACUGCUGGUUUUGGAGCUCAUAAUACGACAGCUACUGCCAGUGUGCAAUUGAUGAGUUUGUCGGGAGUAGCUUUGACUGGAUACGCGCAGUGCAAUACUCUACUGCAACAGUCAGGAGGUGCUACAAGUGUACAAGUUUUGCCUAACAUGAUUUGCGGAACUGCUAGUGGGGUAGGAUGUACGGGUGAUUUGGGGAACCCAUUGGUAUGCAAUAACAAUCAGGUUCUCACAGGGUUACUAACUCGAAGCAACAACUGUACUUUGACGGGUUUACCAGAAAUCUACACUAGAAUUCACGAAUUCAUACCAUGGGUGAAUCAAGUGAUGACUACCACCACGACGACGACAACUACUACGACGACAACUACUACGACAACGACCACUACGACCACUACAACUACACCACCUCCAGCGAACACGACAACCACGACAACCACGACCCCACCACCUCCAGACAACACUACAACCACGACAACAACAACAACGACACCAAUGCCUCCGAUAAUCGUCACGACGCCUGCUCCAGGAUCAGCAUUCACGUCACGACUCGGAACUGCUGUAGCACUUACAUUCGUAAUCAUCCAAAGCCUCAAUCUUCUAAGUUAAUAUUUAUUGUUUUGUUAUGUAAUAUUUAUUAUUAAUUAUUAAGACUAACAUUAAACAUACAUAUCUACUGU